AUGAUUGGUUUAAAAGAAGAUGCAAUAACAGAAGCAAUGUCGGAAGUAGAUACUGAAUAUGAAAACCUAUUACAAGGUCGGCUUCAUAACCUAUCAGGAUCAUCCACCGUGUCAUACGGUAAUAUUUUCGACAAGCAACUAAGUGGAUCUCACAGUUCCACCACUAACCUCAGGGCACAGAAGCAUUUCCCUGGUAGUGAGGAUAAUGCUUAUUAUGAUAGAAGCGGUCGUGAUGAUGGAAGAACUCAUAAUUAA